AUGAUUCAAGCGUUAUCUAGAUUAAACGUGGCGGAUAAUACAGGGGCUAAGGAAGUUGGAGUUAUCAAAGUGUAUGGAGGAACUCGCCGGAGAUAUGCAGGAGUAGGAGAUGUAGUGUUAGUUUCAGUCAAAAAAUUAUCUUCCUUUUCGGGAGUUAAAAAGGGAGAAAUGUUUAAGGCUUUGAUAGUAAGAACAAAGUCUAAAGUGAAGAGAAAAUCUGGUUCAACUCUCUCUUUUGAUGAGAAUUCUUGUGUUCUUCUAAAAAAUGAUGGAUCCAUCUUAGGAACGCGUGUCUUCGGGCCUCUUCCCAGAGAAUUGAAGGAGAAGGGAUAUAAUAAGUUAAUUUCAAUAGCUGAAUUUGUGCUCUAA